AUGAGCGGCCAACACAAGUACUCUGUCCUCCUCCCCACCUACAACGAGAGGGAGAACCUGCCCAUCAUUAUUUGGCUUCUCACCAAGACUUUCCACGAGAACAACAUUGACUAUGAGAUUAUCAUCAUUGACGACGGCAGUCCUGACAAGACCUUGGAGGUUGCUCAGGAGCUUCAAAAGAUCUAUGGCGAGAACAGGAUUGUGUUGAGACCUCGUGCCGGAAAGCUUGGACUCGGUACCGCAUACGUUCACGGAAUCCAGCACGCUACUGGCGACUUUAUCUUUAUUCUGGAUGCUGACAUGUCCCACCACCCCAAGUUCAUCCCCGAGAUGAUUCGUCUUCAGCAGUCCAAGGACUUGGACGUUGUCACUGGAACCCGCUAUGCCGGUAACGGCGGUGUCUAUGGCUGGGAUCUGAAGCGCAAGAUUAUCAGGCAAGGAAGCAUGGAUGAAUUACAUAUAUCGACAGCGACUCUGAUCUUGAUAUUCUUGAACCGUGGAGCUAACUUCUUGGCCUCAGUGUUGCUUCGCCCUGGUGUGUCUGAUUUGACUGGAAGUUUCCGCCUGUACAAGAAGGAGGUGUUGACCCAACUGAUCAACUCGUGCAUCUCCAAGGGCUAUGUCUUCCAGAUGGAGAUGAUGGUCCGUGCCAGACAGUUCAACUAUACCAUCGGAGAGGUCCCCAUCACGUUUGUCGACCGUGUCUUUGGAGACAGUAAGAUGGGCGCCAUGGAGAUUGUCAGCUAUGCCCAGGGACUCUUGAAGCUGUUCGUUGCAGUUUAA